AUGAACCGCUGCCUCAAAACCAUCUUCUUCCUAUUCCUUAUCGGAAAUGCGUCCGGAUUUUAUGACAACUACACCUGUAACUACUGCGGGCAAUUGGUGUAUGGAGUCGUGUUGCCGAAUGAUGUGGAGACGUUGAUCUCGGUGACCGAGAUGUAUUUUCAGUACAACUACUGCCCCGCCUACUUCUCCUUCCUGCCACUCGCCCAAUGUGUCACCGGCUUCACGACCGCUAUGAGCUGGGUCUACCGUCCUCUCUACGCCGCUCUCUACCCGGUCAGAGACUCCAUAUGCCCAGGUGUCUGUGGUGGCGAGACCGGCGAGAAUUAUGAAAUCGUUUUUAAGAAGAAGAAGUGA